GGCAUCGAUGAAGGUGUUUGUGUUCAUGUCGCCGCGUUCUCCGCCAUGUUUGCAGAUCUUCAGAGAGGUGUGUAGUUCACAGAGGAGGGCUGCCUGCUCUUUUUCUUUUGUCCGACCUCCUCUGCAAAAAUGCACCCCUCGCCAAUAAUUCAUCACGUUUCCUCACGAGCCGUAACACCGUUUGCUCCGUGAGUCUGUCAGAUCCGCCCAUGACUGAGGGAAUUAACUGAAGAUUAACAUUAGCUCUUCAAAACAUCUCGGAAUGUUCUCAAAAAAACCUCAUGGAGAUGUCAGGAAAUCGACACAGAAAGUGCUCGACCCUAAAAAGGACGUGCUGACAAGAUUGAAACAUCUGAGAAUCGUUAUAGAAAAUGCCGAGCCUCUGGAACUCAAGCACCUUUUCGAGCAGAAUUACUCGCACAUCUACUACGUGUUUUUCGAAAACUUUGUCACCAUCGAGGUUAACUUGAAACAGAAAGGUCACAAAUCGCAACGAGAGGAGCUUGAUUCGAUUUUGUUUAUAUUUGAGAAAAUCUUACAGCUGUUACCCGAGCGAAUUCAAGGAAGAUGGCAGUUCCACAGCAUAGGUCUCAUUUUGAAGAAACUGCUACACACUGGAAACUCCCUAAAGAUCCGCAGGGAAGGUGUGCGUCUGUUCCUGCUUUGGAUGCAGGCUCUACAACACAACGCCCUAAAAGAACAGCUCUGGAUCUUUGCCUGUCUGAUCCCAGGAUUCCCAGCACCGCAGUCCGAGCUAGGCCCUCGCACCCUGGAUAAUCUCAUUAGCCCUCCUCUGAACCUUCAGGAGUCCCAAGUCACUCCAGAAGAGAUAAGCCCCCUGGUGCCACCCCAGUCCGGAGAUAAAUCCCAGGAAGAUCUAACCGGUUACUUACUGGAGGCUCUUCUUAAAUACAUGGUAAACCAGGCAAAAAGUCUGGAGUGGAAAUGUAAGGAGAAUCACGAAAAGGGGUUCGCCUUCCUGUUCGCCAAUUUUAAAAAGUAUUACCUGCCCCAUAUCUUCCCCAACUUCUCCAAGGAGACCAGUUUGUACAAUCCUAUUCUGGAUGUCCCACCAAUGAGACAAAAGCCUUACUACAUAGUUUUAAAAAGAGACCCAGAGACCAAUGAAGCCUUGUACUGCACUAAAGAGAACUUCCUCAAUGCCAGAGUCAUAUUUAUCCGCUGGCUGGUGUCCUUCUGGCUGGAACCCAGGCCAAACACAGGAACACACAUCCCUGGCAUGGAAGGAGAAAGCGUGCCAAAGAAUAUACAGAGAGCGGCAGCAGGCCUAGCUGCCCGAGAAGAUGUGGGACCGAGACGUGACUCUCUGGAUGGGGUAGGGGGUGUCGAGCCGGAGCAGUCACACUCCAACACCAGCACCCUGACCGAGAGAGAGCCCAGCACUUCCAGUCUCUGCAGCAUAGAUGAGGAGCACCUCACCGACAUCGAGGUGGUCCGACGUGUCCUCUGUUCCUCCAGAACCAACGUCAACUUCAUCACGGAGAUCUUUCGACAGGCCUUUCUGCUGCCCAUGUGUGAAGCUGCAGCCAUGCGUAAGGUGGUACGGGUGUAUCAGGAAUGGAUUUCUCAACAGGAUAAGCCUGUGUUUAUGAGAGAGCCAGAAGAAGACCGAUUCUCAAGCCAGCUGGACUCCACCAAUGAGCAAAGAGCUGACAGAGAGAAGGAGGAUAUGACUGUGUCCGUUCACAACCGAAACUCUAAUUGGUGCAGGAGUAGAUCAUCUGACACCGAGAUGCUGGAGCACAACGUUCAUGCUGGUGUUCAAGCAACACUACAGGCUUUCAUCACCAAUUCCUCAAAUGUCUUCCUUCUCGAGGCUGCCAAUGAGAUGAAGACCCUUCUGGAGGAGCAUGUUGACAUGUGCAAGCGUGUGCUCAACAUAUACCGCAGUCUGGUCAUGCAUGAGACCAUGAACCAAAAGAGCUGGGAACAGAUCCUGUUGGUGUUGCUAAGGGUAACUGAAUAUGUGAUGAAGAGACCUCCAUCCAUCAUGCCUCAUGGCAAGAAAAGUAACACAUUAUCGGGCCGAUUGGCUGGGGCAAUUUUUCAGACUCUGAUCGUGGCCUGGAUCAAAGGGAAUCUAAACGUGUACAUCUCUCGAGAGCUGUGGGACGACCUGCUGUCUGUACUCUCCUCUCUCACAUGCUGGGAAGAGCUGGUCACCGAGUGGUCACUUACCAUGGAAACACUUACAAAGGUACUCGCUCGCAAUCUUUACAACCUGGACCUGAACGAGCUUCCCCUGGACAAACUUAGCGAGCAGAAACAGAAGAAACACAAAGGCAAAGGUGGCUUCCAUGAGGGGCAGAAAAUUGUUGUGGAUCGAUCUUUCUCUAAAGGCUGGAGUCGAGACCUGCCGGGCCAGGCGGCUGUGAUGAGACAGCGCAGUGCUACCACAGCUGGAUCUCCAGGAAUAGAGAAGGUCAGAAGCAUCGUUAGACAGAAGACCGUGGCUCUGCGUAGUUGCUCUACGGGGGACAGUUUGUUGUCCUCAACUUUUAUCCGCAGUGCUAAAAGCGCACCUGUCCUGAUCCACCCCGUACACCCUCUCCUGCCUGAUUCUGUGCUCACUCCCCUAGCUGAUGAGCUGUCAGACCUGGAGGAACCUCCCAUGGCUCAGCGCGGGCCGCGGACUCGCCACUGCUCCCAGAGCGAGGAGACUCCGUCGUCAGAGGUGUUUUCAGCCUCCAGUGACCUGGACCAGCCCCCUCUCCCCCGCAGCAGCAGCGCCUCUGACAUCAUGGAGCCCUUCAUCGCCGAGCGGGUCAAAGGUGCACUUCCUGUCUCUGACAGUCCCUCUCACUCCACCCACUUUACCACCUCGGCUCAAACCGAGUCCCCUCACUUUAACCCGACCCCACAACCACCCCCCGACAGCCAGGCAUCCCUAGAAUUGGGCGAGAGCAUCUAUGACCACCUCUGCCAGAUGCCAGGGCAGGAUCCCCCAUUUAUUCCAGAUUGGUCUUGUCCGGCUGUCGCUCCGGUCAGUCAGAUCGAAGCUGACGGCGAGGAGGAUGUCUUCAGUGCUUUCAGGGAGUUUUGUAGCAAAGAGAAUUAUUUAGAGGUGUUUGGGGAGAAAUCGGAGACGGGUGCGAACGGCAGGCAGGUGCAGUUUGGAGGAAGUGGGGAUUGGGCACUCGAGUGGGAUAGAGAGAUGGAGCAGAGCGAGAAAAGCUUGUAUGAGUGUUUAGAGCAGUGCGAUUGGGAUUUAGGCGUUACCCAGAAAGGUGUCAAUCAGGAGGAGCCGCACAUCGUCCCUAGUGUGCAUCCAGCAGAGGGCAGCAAAGUCACACAGUUACACCGGCAGAACGCUACGGAUAGGGUCAGCGAGAGUGAGCUUAGUUCACAGCCGUCCCAAGUUACACAGAGGACCAAACUCUCCCAUUCCGACCCAAAAAAGCGCCACAGCGGUGGGGUGCACGUUAGCUUCCGCCCGUCCACUGAGUCUGUGCUCUUUCACAACCCCUUGGACCCCAAAGAGGCCCACUGGAAGACCCGGCUUCGCCGUCUCGGCCACUUCCAUUCGGUUGGCGGGAGCGGGUCAGCGCCGAAGGUCAAAGACGGGGUUGGGGAGGGAGUCAUCUGUUGCGAAGUGACGGAGCGGGAUAAAAGCUCCGCCAGCGGGGCAAGGCGUGGCAGGCUCGGCCGCCCGACUCUCCGCCCACGAGGGUCCCGCUCUAGGUCUCAGGAGUCUGGUUGCAGCCCCUCACGGCAGCAGCAGGCGGCGAUGUUGGGUGGUGUGUAUAAGUCUGUGGUCCAUGCCCUCUCCAAACCCAAGGCCCAGGCGGUGUCACCCCAGCGGCACGGCAAAGCGCCCGCCACCGAGGCGCAUCUGAAGGACCUGUAUGCACACGUAAUGGGCUAUUUUGGAAGAAAAACAUCAGUCAAUAAAGAUGAGCUGACACCCAAAAUGAGGCCCAUGUCCAAUGACGCCGGCAACAGCAACCCGAACGUCAGUGAUCUUAUGGAUGAGUUCAUUCAGGAGAGGCUGAGGGCCCGAGGCAAUUCUAGCAUGACAAGACGUGGCAGUAGCCCGGGUAGUCUGGAGAUCCCAAAAGAUCUUCCAGAGCUCCUGAACCGCCAAAACGCCACACGACCUGCGGACGACCCCGGUGUGCCCUCUGAGUGGACAUCACCAGCUAGUGCCAGCGGAAGUGACCUCAUAAGCUCCGAUAGCCAAUCAGAUUCCUUUAACGCUUUUCAGUAUGUCAACAAGUUUGAGAAUUUCAGCUUCCCUCCUGAGACGUGCACUUUGGGCUCUUUAGAUCAGGAUAGUUUGGGUGGAACAGGACAGACGGCUGAGGAACAGGAGCUGUCCAGCCUCACGACACUCCACAUUGAUUCCGAGACGAGCAGCCUCAGUCAGCACGGCAUAUCGGCUGAUACAGUCACUAUUACCGGUUCAGAGAGCGCGUCUCCCAUGCACUCGCUUGGAGGUUCUCGAUCACAGACGCCAUCCCCAGCCACACUCACCGCCGAACACGUCCAACAUAAAGACCUACAGCUGGAUGAGAAAAUGCAUCACUCUGUCCUGCAGACGCCUGAUGACCUCGAAACAAGCGAAUUUCCGACGGAGGAUGGCAGCGUGAUGUCCGGAGGUACCUUGACCGGGUGGCACGCUGAUGUCGCCACGGUGAUGUGGAGGAGAAUGCUAGGCAUUCUGGGAGAUGUCAACUCUAUCAAGGACCCUGAAAUCCAUGCACAGGUCUUUGACUACCUCUGUGAACUCUGGCAGAACUUGGCCAAGAUCAGAGACAAUCUCGGGAUCUCCCUUGACAACCAGUCUUCUCCACCUCCGCCCGAUCUGAUUCCACCUCUUCGCAUUCUGACUCCAUGGCUCUUCAAAGCCACUAUGCUUAGCGAACGCUAUAAACAGGGAAAACUCCACGCCUAUAAGCUCAUCUGUAAGAUCAUGAAGAGAAGACAGGACGUUUCCCCUAACUCGGACUUCCUCAUGCACUUCUACAACAUCAUGCACUGUGGCCUGCUUCACCAAGACCAGGACAUCGUAAACACCAUCAUCAAGCACUGUUCUCCACGCUUCUUCUCUAUUGGUCUUCCUGGAGCAACUAUGCUCAUCCUGGACUUCAUCGUGGCAGCGAGCCGGGUGACCGCCUGCUCGUCCCUUAACGCUCCUCGGGUGGAAGCUCAGAUUUUGUUGGGGUCCCUCGUAUGUAUCCCAAACCUGUAUAAGGAACUUCCCGCCCUCCACCCCACAACGGCUGAGAUCAUCAUGACGAAAUUCACAGAUGUCAAGGAGCACAUAAUCAAACACAUCUUGACCUCAGCCAGAGAUGAGCCUUCUGCACCAGCAAGGUGUGUGGCACUCUGCAGUUUGGGGGUUUGGCUUUGUGAAGAGCUGGUUCAUGGCACACAACACCCACAGAUCAAAGAAGCACUCAAUGUCAUCUGUGUCACUCUCAAGUUCUCGAAUAAAACCGUCGCCCUGGCGGCCUCGGACAUCCUGCACCUGCUUAUAAACUACGUGGACGAUCUGCAGACGUUCCCACCCAACACUCCAAAGAAAAUUGUGGAGGUCCUUAUAGCAACCAUUACUUACCUUCUGCCGGCCACAGAGUCCUCCCCUCAUGAGCUGGACAAAAGGCUGGUUGUUUCUCUGCUCCUGUGCCUGCUGGACUGGGUCAUGGCUCUACCUCCAAAAACUCUCCUUCAGCCAGUUGACGGAGCCUCUGACGAGGAGACCAACGACAAGUCUGUUCUUAGCUGCAUUUAUAAGGUCCUCCAUGGUUGCGUAUACGGUGCACAAAGCUUUAGUAACCCCAGUUACUUCCCCAUUCACCUGUCAGACUUGAGUAGCCCAGACUAUGACCCCUUCCUACCGCUGGAGAACUUGAAGGAACCGGAGCCUCUCCAUUCGCCCGACUCUGAACGCUCCUCCAAACUGCAGCCCGUCACUGAAGUGAGGAGUCGUAUUCAGCACGGCCUGAUCUCAAUUGCCGCACGCACAGUCAUAUCCCACCUGGUCAACCACCUGGGCCACUAUCCCAUGAGCGGUGGUCCGGCUACUCUGACAAGCCAGGUGUGCGAGAACCAGGAUAAUCCAUACAGCGAGAGCGCUGACCUGACGCCUGAACUCUUUGAUGCUCCCAACUUGCAGUUCUUUGUGCUUAAUGGAACCACACUGCUGUCCUACCUUCAAAUCCGGGCAGAGGGUGGUCUGCCCGGAGGCGGUAUGUCGGCUGGCCUCACCACUACCAAUGCCUGUGUACGAGUCAUCGUGAGGGACAUUUCCGGAAAACACUCCUGGGACUCAGCCGUGCUGUAUGGCCCACCUCAAUGCAUCAGUCCCGGUCAACCUUUGCACCUUUAUUCAUCCUCCACUCCAGCAGGGGGAAGUAGAGAACAUGCCAAAGAUCAGGGUAGUUUAGAGAGUGGCAGUCAAGAAGAGCCAGAGAAUGGAGCGUUUCAUGAAAAUGAGGAGAACCUGGAGAGGGAUGAAGAGGAAGACAAUGAGGACAGGGAGGAGAUGGAACUUGAGGAAGAGGAUGAAGAGGCAGCACUGGAGCUGAUGGCCCCACAGGCGAAACGGCGGUGCACUGAAGUCGUCCCAAGAUGGGACUCCCUGAAUGAUGGAGAAGACGUGCUGGACGAGAUGCUGCAGUACUUGGAAUACUCUAGCCCGGAGUGCCUGCAGCGCACCGGCGCACCUCUCAAUAUACCAGCCCCGCCCCCCAACUGCGUGUCCGAGAAGCAGGAGAAUGAUGUCAUCAAUGCCAUCUUGAAGCAGUGCGCUGAAGAGCGCGACUUUACGCUGCAUUGUGGGAACGGCAUGAACAUGAGAGCGGCGGUCCAGCAAGAGCCAAGCCCUCAGAGACCCCAGUCGGCCUUCUACUACUGCAAACUGCUCCUCAACAUACUGGGCAUGAACUCCUGGGAAAACAGGAACAGUUUUCACCUGCUGAAGAAGAACGAAAAACUACUGAGAGAGCUGAAGAAUCUGGAUUCCAGACAGUGUCGCGAAACGCACAAGAUUGCAGUGUUUUACGUGGCAGAGGGACAAGAAGACAAGCACUCCAUAUUGUCCAACACAGCUGGAAGUCAGGCGUAUGAAGACUUUGUGUCAGGCCUGGGCUGGGAGGUCAACCUUACUAGUCACUGUGGAUUCAUGGGUGGCCUUCAACGUAACAAAAGUACGGGUUUGACGAUGCCAUACUUUGCCACCUCUACGGUAGAGGUGAUGUUCCAUGUGUCUACGCGCAUGCCUCCAGAUUCAGACGACUCACUCACUAAAAAGUUACGGCAUCUGGGCAACGAUGAAGUGCACAUCGUGUGGUCCGAGCACUCACGGGACUACAGGAGGGGCAUCAUUCCCACUGAGUUUGGAGAUGUGCUGAUCAUCAUCUACCCCAUGAAGAACCACAUGUACAGCAUCCAAAUCAUCAAGAAGCCUGAGGUGCCAUUCUUUGGCCCGCUGUUUGACGGAGCUAUAGUGGAUGGAAAGAUCUUACCCACAGUCGUUCGAGCCACGGCCAUCAACGCCAGCAGAGCUCUGAAAUCCUUGAUUCCUCUCUAUCAAAAUUUCUAUGAAGAGAGAGCCAGGUAUUUGGAAACCAUAGUCGAGCAUCAUUCUGAAGCCACGGCGUUUGAGGACUACGCCGCCCGUGUUUUCUGCCCCGCACCUUUCCACUAUCUGCCAUCUGAAGCAGGCUCAUGCAUCGAGAGUCAACCGGGCGAAAGUCCGGCAAUGCAGGUAGACGGGAACGAUUUAGCCUCACCAAUGUCGCCUCGUGCUAGCAAGAGCCGGAUGUCCAUGAAGCUGCGCCGUUCCUCCGGCUCUGCCAACAAGACUUGACCCUUUCAUCCCGAAGAGAUGCGCAAAAUGCAACGACACGCCAUUCGCUCUCACUUCAGGACUCCGCCCAUUGCACGGUCAGAGAUGAACCACACCUUCAUGAGAACUGCAGCCACACCCUCCCACACAGCUGAGAGCCAGAAGGAUCAAAGACACGUUUUUGCAGUUGUUGAUGUUUAGUGCGGAAAAAGAAAUGUUAUUUUGUCGAUUUGUGUUAAUUACUUCCUCUACAGUUAUCAUAGCUGGUCUAGUGUGUUGCCCACUACGACUGCCAGUGAAAUGAGAACAAAUUCAAACAUUUCCUUUUGGUCGCCAGUGUAUCAGUCACAACUUUUUAUAAUUGUACAAAAGACUCUUGAGCGCUGAGGUUUUCUUUAUAUGCAACGCUGGUGAUGGUGUGUUCGAAAUACAUGUUUGUGGAGCGGAUGUUCAGUUAAACUGAAGCAUUUCUGGCUGUUACGUUCAGUUCAGAUCCUGAUGUGGAACAUGUUUUUAUAUAACAUUCACACUUGCAACACGUCAUUUUUUGGUUUGUUUGCCAUUUUUCUUUAUCUAUCACAUUUAGUGCGGUUUUCAAUUGAUUAUAAUUUUUUAUUAUUAAUGCUAUAAUGGACCGCCCCUUUGUCAUUUGUAACGGUUAUUUGUGUAUAUAUCUAUAAAUAUAAAAUAUAUACAUAUUUAAUGUAUGUGUAUAGUGUAUGAACAGUAUCUGAUCUGUGUACAUAUUUAACAGUAUUUAAAUCAACCAAAAAAGCAAAAGGGUAAUUAAAGCUAAAGCCACAUCCAGUCAGAUAGAGCUUGUAUGUCUUUCUGUGUGGCUUAGUCCUGCUUUAGUAUCGUUUCUUAGCACACCGGCCUAAGAAACAAGCCUCUUUUACGUCAUGCAUGCCUCUUCAUCUCACCUGGGAUGAGAUUUUUAAGGAAACAUGUGAAUGAAUCGUCACAUUACCAGGUCUUGCAGGGUGUGGACGACGUUGCCAAAUUGAGCUGAAUUACGCGCUUUGUGCAGGUUCAGCAGAUCAGUGGCAGCUGGGAGAGAGCACUGUGUCAUGUGAUAUUUUGCUUGUAAAGACACUUGGACAGCCUUUAAAGUUUUUAUAAACAUGUAGAUGUGAAAGUGUACAAGAGCAUCUUUCUCCGACACUCUGUUAAGCGGCACUUGUUCAUUUCAUCACUCUCUCAUUGUUUAAUAGAUUAAGUGGAUUAAGUGAUGCUAAAGACGGGUGCAAGAUGCAUUUGACAAAAUAUCCCAUGUUUGAGAUCAAAUCACGUUUGUAUAUUUUCUUGGCAGAAACAUUUCAUAAGGGUUAGUCUUUAUGGAAUCUUUUUAAUGUUUCAUUUUUUAUUUGAAAUUAUUUAGAAAUAUAGGAUAUUCAUAUACACAAGGGGUCAAAAUCAUGCAACACUGUUGGAUUAAAAUGAUCAUAACAUGUAUAUUAAAGGCCUGCACACAAGUGACUGAAAUCUGUGCGCAAUUUCAAGGGGAAAAAAACUUUCCUAGGUAGAUUUGAUGUAUGUUACUACUGACCAAAUGCUGCAUGUACCAGUAAUAACUGCAUGUGUUGAUUUAACAACUGCACAACACACACGCACAUACGCAGAUCCACAAUAAUGUCAUACCGUGGAAUCUUAAACAUUUGUAUCAGAUGUUGAAGGAGGAGAGUGGAUGUGCAAUCACACUUAAGAAUAAAAUGAUUCUUACAACA